AUGCAGACACGGCUCGUGGAGGGAGGCGACCAACAUCGAACACGAAACCCUACCCAGGAAAGAAAACGUGUUCAAGUUGGCGAGAAACCGUCCCGUUUGUCUGGGCGCGACGAAAAGCGCCGGCCUGGACGAGCGCGCGCGGCGGCCACACGUGCCCGCCGCCGCGCCGCGACACGUCGCCGUGAUCCUCCCAAAAUUCCAGCCUCCUUCCUUUUGCGGGUGCCGGAGAAGACGAGCCGCGCCUGGUAUAAAAGAGGACUCGAGGAAGCUGGAGCCCGAGGCCAGAGCAGAGGACAGCACAGGGAUCGAUGGCGUGCUGCUGGCUGCACCUGCAUCGGCGGCGGGACUGAUCGGCAGGCGACCGAGCCCGGCCGGCCACCGGCAGGAAAACAGAUGUUGUGGAACCACCAUGCUCGAACAACUUCAUCGAAGGCCAUGAUAAAUUUCAAUGUGAAGCAUAAGAAACAGUUCUCCAGAAUCAGAACACUAGAGUUAUCUUGCUCAGUACUACCAAAGAACCGGAAGAACCUUGCAAGGUUCCUUUGAUCCUCCUUUUGAUGGAAGAGACAUGCAGACAUGCUGCAUUUCCCCAAAGAAAGGAAGGGAGAGGAAAAAAAAAAGGCACCCUGCUAAUCACACGCCCAUCCAGCUCUGCUAAUACCAUACUCCCUUAUUCGUAGUGAGAUAGUACUUGGUAAUGGAGGCAUAAUUAAACAGUAAUUUUGUUCUCCAGCUAGCAGUAAGACUGACGGACACAACUAAAUGGACACUUAUCUGCAGAGUCUCAUUCAGCUA